AUGGCAAGACUCACUGAUGAUGCCGGUGAAACCUCUGGGAAUAUUGUCUGCCGUGGCCUUGCACACAUCCUUGCCUAUCUCUCGCAUCAAGACUUUCGCGCCCGCCAACUCCACGCCCUGCAUCCUCCUCGACCUCCCGACGCCCAUCUCAGUCGCGCGUGUCUAUCUUGUCUUCCAUCAUCUACUGCCAUCACUCCUCCUAUUGACACCGUAUCUCAUGUGUCCAUCUGCCACAGCAUCGAUAUAUCCAGCAAUGGAGCCAGUAUUUCUUCAGAACCCACAACCUUUUCUAGCAGCCUUCAGCAUGUAAACGUCGAAAAACUGGAGACUAAGCUGUUAAAUGAUGAAAGUUCUGCUUCCACUGAGCGGAAAGAGCAAAGUUCAUUUCGAGGCAAAGAAAUCAAGGAAAUGCGCACUUUUGCAGCUGUUGAUGACCGCGCUGGUUUAUCUGACCUGGGUGGGCUUAAUGUACAGGUAUCCACCAGUGACAUGGUACCUUCGCUCAUUCCGGUGCCUGUGACUUGCCAGAAUCCUCCUUUCUUUUCCACAAUCCCUCCUACCUCCCGCCACUCAUUCAGUCAAUCACGCCUUACAUUAGGACGUUAUUCGGGUACUGACGCUCGAAACCAUUUUGCUAACCGGAAGCUGGGCACCACAACCGCCGAUGCCGUCAUUGAUGCAUAUGCGCCCCCAUUUGACACCGAUGCUACAUCAUCAUGUCGUCAAGUUGUUGCUUCUCUAUCAAUUGCAGACCCUGGUUUACCUAAGGAGAUUCGAAAAGCUCAAAAAUUCUUGGACAGGCAAAAUGUUUCUCUUCUUUCCCUAGAAUCAUCAUCAAACCCUUCUAUUCCGCUUUAUAUGCCCGUCGGCACAAAUGACGAAGGGUUCAUUGCCUCUGAAUCGGCCCAGAUAGCUGGUAUAAACUCAUCGAAUUCACUGCCAGCACAACAAGCAUCAUCUUUAUCCAUGCCUAGAACAGCAAAUACCACAACAUGCUGGAUCCAUACGUGUGAUCAGAUAACUCAGCCUUUCGUUUUGUCACCUCGUAGAGAAACUUUCCUAGGCAUGGAGACGUUGCCUAGAUCUGUCGCAACAACACCGGUUUGUGCAAGGACUGAAUCGCUUGGGUGA